AUGUCUAUACUACUCAAAUCAAUGGAUCUUCGUCAAGAAGCUGUUCUCAUUGCCUUUGCGGCAGUGGGCUUAUGUCUCUUCGCUGUGUAUGAAUGGAUGCGCAAGGGUAAAGCUGCUGUCAAAACCCACGUUGAAUGGAAAACCCCUUCACCAACGCCUUUGGUCGAUUUCGAUCUGGACGCAAAGAAACCCGAGUUAUACCGACCUUGUCGUCAUGGACCCAACCACGUCACCAUGGGCAUUCGCAAGAUGGACUGGAAUAAUUGGAUUGAGAUGGAUUCCAACUUUCUUUGGUAUCAUGAUAUCAAGGUCUCUGAGCUCGAGAAAGACAUCGAUGCGCAUGUUCAAUACGUUGAUAACGCUGUAACUCGAGAUGCCUGCUUCGAGGUUCUGGAGGAAUUGACUGCAUACUUGACUGUUCGGUACCCCAAGAUCUUUCGGCUCAGCAAUGGCAUUCUUCGCAACACUUUGACAAAAGAAGAGUUCAAAUACCCAGCCAGUACUUCUAAGGAAGCAAUGACAACAGCUGCCAAAUUGGUCCAAGAUGACCUCAUCAUUAUGGUCGAAGAAGAUGACGGCCAAUACCACCUCGACGCUGGAGCUGUUUGUCUGCCUGGUUUCUGGCGAUUGAGCGAAAAGUUCAGAAUGUCUCUAGACACUCUACACAUUGAAGCCAAGGUUCCUCACUACCAGACAAAGUUGCAAAAGUCUAUGAACCGCUUUUUCAAGACGAUGCAGCCAGAUAAGGCAGUGAUUCGAAACAAUUUCUUCAUCCAACUCGAUGAUGGUCUUCACUGGUCUCACCGCAUGGGUGAUCAAGACAGCAGCGAAGUAGCCUCCUGGGAAACGGCAAAUGACAAGGGUCUCACUAUCAACGAUCUCUACUUCCGCUCCGAGAGACAAUCACUCCGGCGACUUCCCAGAUCUAAAGCUCUUCUAUUCACGGUUCGUACAUAUUUUGAGCCAAUCACCACAAUCGCACAAGAGCCUCAUGUUCCAGGGCGUCUAGCUGAAGCGAUUGAGAACUGGGAUGAGGCAGCUUCAAAGUAUAAGGGUAAACAUCACUGGGCGGACAUUCUCUUGCCGUAUUUGUACGACCAGGAUGAGUUGCAAAAGAAAUCUGGAGUUUUGGAAAAGAUCCCGGAGGGAAGCUUCCCGUACUAG